AUGGGCGAUCUUCCACGGUCUCGCGUAGUUCCAUCUCAACCCUUUCUACACACAGGGGUCAACUACACGGGGCCAGUGAUGCUGCGGACAAGUCGGGGGCAAUGGCAUAAGGCGUACAAGGCCUUCGUGUUCGUCUGCCUGAGCUCUCGCGCCGUUUACUUGGGGGUCGUUUCUGAUUACUCGUCAGAGGCGUUCCUUGCAGCUUUAAAACGUUUCAUUUUCCGGCAAAGACUGUGCCAUACUUUGUAUUCUGACUGCGGCGGCAUCGCGGAAAGAGGGCGAGUGGCGGACGGCUUGAGCAGCCAGGGAAUAUGGUGGCGCUUUAAUCCACUUGUGGCGCCUUACUUCGGUGGCCUUUGGAAGGCUGCCGUCAAAUCUAUGAAGCACCAUCUCCGACGAGUACUGGGUGAGGCCACUCACAUCUUUGAGGAGAUGACGACGCUCCUCGCGCAGGUGGAGGCCUGCAUGAAUUCGAGGCCGUUGCAGGCUCUCUCGGAUGACCCGGAGGAUCUCGCCGCAUUCAUCCUGGGCCACUUCCUCGUGGGAUCGGCCAUUAACGCCGUGCCGGAGCCAUCCUUGCAGGACGAGCCCGCUGGCAACCUCGGGCGAUAA